AUGACCACACAAUCCUACAGUCUUCUUGAUCUGCCACUUUCAAUUAGAAUUCGUAUUUACACUUUCUCAGGGCUUGCUAAUAACCGCCUCAUCCCCCUCGAUCGCAGACACCGCGUCGAGGAGCAAUCUGCCCCCACCUGGGAAGAACCUGACCGCAAACUCAACCUUCACCGGGCGGAUUUGACCAUUUAUUCAUGCCUUCUACUCAUCUGUCGGAGUACUCAUGAUGAGGUGUCGCAUUAUUUCUAUUCUACUAAUUCGUUCGUCGCGCACGACCUGCAAACAUUGGGCUGCGUAGGCCCGUCAUAUCUCGCUUUGCUGACCUCUCUCAAACUCAUCCCCUGCCUUACAAAAAGCGCCAAUUCCCGCAAUGAAUGCACUUGCACCCCGCUGGAAUUUAUUGAAGACGAUGCAAUCCUCGGCAUGGCCAGCCCUUGGGACCGCUCCACCCUCUUGCAGUGGAACUCGACCAUCAGUAAGAUUGCACCGCAUUUGGCAGCCGAUAGACUUGACUUGAGUAUUAUCUGCCCUGUUUACGACGAAGGUACCGCGACAAGUGUGGUGGAACCUCUGCGCCACUUCCCUGUUCUAUCUAGCUGCCACAUCAGGCUCGGUUCCUUCAACCGUCGCAACUAUGCUAUCCAGAUGAUAGCUAUGAAAGCCGCUCAACAGGCCAUGGGACAAAUUACCACCCCUGCGCAACCAUUUCGAUUCCUCGAUCUCCCCAGUGAAAUUCGUCUACUUGUUUACCAGUACACUGAUCUUAUCAGCCCGCUCAACACGAUCCAAUGGGACCCAGACCAUGGCUAUACACUUCGCCCAUCAUUAUGUCCACCGGGUUGCAGUGCACCAUAUGAAAGUUGUCAUCCAAGCAUGCACAGCGACUGCGGAUCCCCUAAUGUCCCCCGGUGCCACUGUCGUCAUGGGUUAUCAGACUGGCACGGCGGAAAGCCCUAUUGCUGGAUAUGUACACACUAUGCCUGCCAAUUCAACACCUGCAAAGCUCAACCUGCAGACGGUACAGACCUAGGCCUAAGCUGUUGCGGGGCAAAGACAUCAGCGUAUUCCCCCGCAUGCCAUUGCUGGAAACCACCCGUCGCGUUCUUCGGCACAUCUCGAACCAUCCGAGAAGAAACACAGCGAGUCUUCUUCUCUCAAAAUGCAUUUGAGAUUCCUCACUACAAGUACUGCUCAUACAUAGCUGAAACCGACGACGCGCCGGAGAGAUGUGCAGGAGCAGUAUUCCUAGCAGAGGUCGUGCCUGCAGAUCUACUGCCGUAUCUCAGGAAUCUUACCAUCUCACUCUGGGACUGUGUUAAGAGAACAGCGAGGGAAGACUGGAUGCAGGUUAUAUCAUGGGUCGCUGGUAUAUCAAACCUCCGCUUUCUGUCCAUUAGCACUGCGUUGGCCUUCGACGACAUCACGGACGUGAUACCGAACACCCGGGAAGAACUAUCUAGUGAACAGGGCCUUAUCAGGAUUAGGGAUGCUAUACAUGAAGAGGCUUGGCCGGUUGAGAUUUCUCACACGGCGGUGCGGUCACUCUUCGUGGAUGUUGGAUAUAGUCAGUACCUGGUUAUCCUCAAGGUCUACUAUUCCUAUCGGCGCCCCGAGGACCCAGCUGUUCUUGUUGGAGAUGAGCGGAUUGCGGGGGAUAAUUAUGCUAUUGUAAGAGAGUGCCAAGGACCGGUUGGGAAGCAGGGAGGUCAUGGGAGAUGGCUGGAGGGGUUGCAUAUCUUUGAGCCGGAUUUCGGGUAG